AUGACACACAACACCGCAUCCACAUCAGCAUCGUCGUCGUCGUCAUCAGCAUCGACCAUGACCCCCCACCCGAAGUACUCGAUCUUCACCCACUCGGUUGGCUACCACACAGCCAACCACUCGCUACUCGCCAAACUCGACGCCAUCGCCGACGCAGGCUUGCAUGCCGUCGAGAUCUUCACCGACGACUUGUGGACAUUUUCGCAGUCGCCCGCCUUUGCCUCGAUCCUCUCUGCUUCCUCGUCGGCUGCCUCGACGGGCGCGUCGGGCGAGCUGCUCACGCCGCCAGACAGCCCGCUCUCCCGCCAUGCCAAUCUGCGCAAGACGCCUGCGCUCACCUACAACGCCAAUGGCACAUGCACAUUUGAGCAGGCUCAGCUCGAGGUGGCAGCCGCCGCGUAUAUUCGUCAGUACUGCGAGUGCAAAGGGUUGGAAAUCGUGUGCCUGCAGCCGCAGCGCGAUGUCGAGGGUUGGGUUUCGCACGACGAUCGACAGGCCGCCAUGGAGAGGGUGCGCUCGAGGUUUGCCGUCAUGCAGGCGCUCAACACCUCGCUGCUGCUCAUCUGCUCGCAGAACACGCGCGCACCUCAGACGACAGGCGACCCCGCCACCAUCGUCCGCGAUUUUAGAGAGAUCUCCACCAUGGCUUCCGAAUUCACCGCCGCUUCGGGGCAUCCCAUCAGGAUCGGCUACGAGGCGCUCUCGUGGGGCGCUCACAUCGAUGUUUGGUCCCAAGCCUGGGCUAUCGUUCGCGACACGGACCGCGACAACAUCGGGCUCAUCCUCGACUCAUUUAACACGCUCGGCCGUGAGUUCGCCGACCCCUGCUCGCCCACGGGCAUCCAAGAACCCGCCGCCCUCACGCUCUCCAACUUGCACUCGAGCAUCAAGCGCAUCGUCGAUGAGGUACCCGGUGACAAGAUCUUCCUCCUCCAGAUCGGCGAUGCCAAGCGCAUGCCCGCUCCCUUGCUGCCCAGUCCGAGGCAGGACGAGCCCAGGCCAAGCAGGAUGAUCUGGUCCAGGUCCAGCAGGCUGUUCCCGUGCGAGCAGGACAAGGGUGGUUUUAUGCCGGUCGCUGAGUUUGUGGCAGCGGCGGUGAAAGCAGGGUACAAGGGCCCGUGGUCCAUCGAGGUGUUCAACGACUCGUUGGAUGAUGCUGAUGAGCAGGUGCCGAGGGUGCAUGCCACAAGGGCUCGCGCUGGACUGGAUAGGCUCGUUGAGGUCGUGUAUGCCUGA